AUGGCAGUGUCGAGCGUCAACCGGAAGGCGGUGCAGCGCAAGUACCGGGACAUCAUCUACCGCACGCAGAUGCCCAUCCUCAAGCAGGACGUCGAGACAAUGUGGCAUCGGUUCGACUUCGGGUUGGAGCUAAAGAACUACGUGAUAAGCAGUCUUCUGGACGAGAUCGACUUUGAAGACUGGCAGGCGUUCUACAACCAGAGGGACCACACCGCCGCCGUCGACAGGCUGCUUGAGUCACUGGAAACAAUAGCGAGCAGGACGGAGGUCCUGGUGAGACCAGGAAAUGUUCCGUUACAGUACGUGUACUCGGCAGUGCCUUCGUCGGUAGUCAGGCCCUGUCACUUGUGGCCUUGUGCAGAGGAGAACGAGCGCCGGCUGGUGGAGGUGCGCACGUGGUACGAGGCGGAGCGAGACCGCCUGCUAGCGGCGGGGGCGGAGUUCCGGCGCAGGGUGGAGGAGGCGCAGCGCCACGGCGAGGAGGACCUGGGCGCCACGCUGUGGCGCAUGCGCGCCGAGCACAACGCCGCCACCGCCGCCUACCACGACGACGCCGAGACGAGGACCUGCGAGCUGCGCAACGAGUACAGCGACACGAUGAACCUGAUGCGGUCGGAGCGCGAGCGGCGCGUCAACCUGCUGUGGGCGCGCUGCCACGGCACCGUGGCCGACUACCGCCAGCGCACCGCGCCGCGCCGCAAGGAGCACGACCGCCUGCAGCGCCUCGACAGCGACUCGGGCGACGAACGCCUCGCCGACCUCUACGAAGAACUACACGACCUGCAGUUGCAACUGCAAGAAGUCCGCCAGUACCAGUCAGAUCGGCUUGGUGUGUUACGAAAGGAAAGGGACAACUAUGGAACAUUGUACACAACCCUUAUGAAUGACAAGGAGGCGGGCACCCUAACUGACAAAAAGCAAGCUAUGCACCUCGCUGUAUGUUGUGCAGCCACCACCAAGAGACUGCAACAAUUGCAAAAGAAGGCAGAACUUAUUCUGGAGUUGACAACUCUUUGCCGCAAAUAUGAGCUGCAAGAGGAGAAAGUGGUACCAUUUCAAAAAUCUUCAGUAGAAGUUCCAGAUGCUACAGGACAAGAGAUGCAAAGGGCUAUGAUAAUGGAGCAGUUACAGGGGACGAGUGACACUCUUACUCUGAUGGAUCAUUUCUGGCAAAAAGUUGCAAAGGUGCAAAUGCGUCAUACAGAGCUACAGCUGGUCCACAAUCAACUCCAGGAAGAGAAUAGAGAACUGAGACAAGCACUGUGCAAUUAUCUUCAAGAACUUGCUCCUCACAAGGAAGUACAGCUUCCAUUCUAA